UAAUCUAGUGACUAAUUAUUUUAACUAACCCACUUGUCUAUCUGUCCCACUUGGGCAUAUUUUACCUCUAUCUUAUGCUCCUCAACCAUUGGAAUACGGAAACCACAAUUACUAUUCCUCAUAUUUAUCUAUUUAAUUUAUCAUGAUUGUAUAAAGUUUGUUUAAAAAGGUAUCUCUAAAAACAUAUAUUUAUAUGAAAAAAGAUAAAGUUUCAAAACAAUACUACUUAAAAAAAAACAACCUAGUAAAUUAGUUUUAACAAAAAAAACUAGUAAUAAAAAUUAGUUAGGCAAAACGAAUUAAUAAAAACAGGAAAAACACGUGGAUCCACGUUUGCGUACACGUAAAAAAGACUUGUGUUUUCCUAAUUCUUCUUGCCGUUGCGAACAAAUUUUAGGCUCUAAAAUAAUUAUUAAUUUACAUGAUCGGACGGCAAUAAUACCACCGCAAGCUAUCACGACGACCAAUCUUAACACGUGUACGGCUAGUAACCAUCACCAUCUCCACAUCUCUCCCGAGAAGUUGGGUUGUAAUGCGUAUUAAUGAAUAUCUCGUGUACGUCCUGAUAUACGCUGACGUGUACGAGUCUUUUUCUAUGUUUUUAUUUUAGGAAUUUAAGUUUACUAUAUAAACCCUUUUAGUCUCUCUGUUUAUAUUUCAUUAAAUUAAAUUAAUUAAUUUUAUUUCUGAUAUUUCUCUCCUCUCUGUUCAUCAAUGGCGAUGAGGAAGCUUUUAUCGAAGCGUAUCUUCAACAUCUCGAACCAAUCGUCGCAGAGUCUAACGAAUUGCCGCACAUCGUCUUCUUCGGUAUCCGUGCGAACCAGAAUCGCUCCGGAGCCCGGAGACUCCGGGAUCUCGCGGCGGUUCUUCCACAACACCGCCGUGAUUAGGCCGGAGAUGAUGCAGAUGCCGGUGGGAGGGAGCUUGGUCGAGAAGCUCCGCGAAAUCGACGGUAGCAAGGAUCGAAUCCGAUUAGACGGGAUCGCUCCGCCGAUGAGGGAGACGGCGAGUUUGACGGUGGAGGAUACGAAGAAAGUUCUGAGAGCGGCGCAGAUGGAGAUGGUGAAGACGAAGCUUAGAGAGACGGGGAGAAGCUGGAUGACGUAUUCGGAGUUUGCUAGCGUUUGCGGUGAAGCUUCGUCGGAUCCGGAGGACGGAGCUAGAAUAGCGACGAUGCUUGAUGAUUCAGCAAACGUCAUCGUUUUGGGAGGUUCCGUUUGUCUUAGACCAGAUCAGGUUACGAAAUCCAUUGAAGGCUUGCUUCCUUUGCCAAAGAUUCAUAACCCAAACGACCCACGAAGGAUCGAGUUGAAAGAGCUCGAGGCAGUUAAGGCAGUGAUCGAUGUGAAAGCGCACUCUUUGGUGCGGAGAGAGCUCUGGGCUGGUCUUGGUUACUUGAUACUACAGACCGCAGGGUUCAUGAGGCUAACGUUUUGGGAACUCUCUUGGGACGUGAUGGAGCCAAUCUGUUUCUAUGUCACGUCCAUGUACUUUAUGGCUGGGUACGCUUUCUUCCUCAGGACGUCGAAAGAGCCUUCUUUUGAAGGGUUUUACCAAAGCAGGUUCGCGGCUAAACAGAGGAAACUGAUGAGUCUUGAUGAGUUUGAUGUUGAGAGGUAUCAAGAACUGAAGAAGCUGUUUUGCCCUAAGGCUUCAGAUCGUGUUUCCAAGAUUCUUGGAACUGCCGGGAGUUAAAUUUUGAAUUUUGUAGAUUCAAUGUUGUUGUCACAAAUGGUGUCUGAUUUUUCCCAACUUGAAGAAUCCUACCAAGAUAAGGGAGAACAAAAAAAAGAUAAAGGUAGAUGAAGUUCUCAAGUUUUCAGUUUUCCAAAAAAAGAAAAAAUGUUUGCGGCUUUUGUAACAUCAGGGAAGAGUCAUGUUUCAAUGUUUUCAUUAUGAUCAAUCUUAUGUGUAAACAUCUUGUAAAUAAGUGUUCUUAAUGUAUACUAAAAAAAUGUAUUCAUA